AUGUUUCCUCCUCCAUCCAAGGUGAAGACUAAAGGUGCACCGAAGAAAGGUCUGAAAAGAAGCGAAAGAUCCACAAAGUGUGAUCCAUCCUAUUGGGAGUACGUUGAUGCAUUUAAUUCUUCUCAAAGCAGCAACACCUCAGUGAAACAUAGUGCAUCGUGUUAUGAACCACCGAAACCAACAAGGAUCAUCCCGAUGUUGGAUCAGUUUGCGCCUUUUAUUCGAGGUUUCAUCGAGGACGUUGUGGACGUCAAAGUGAACGGUAACUGUGGAUAUCGUUCCAUUGCCGCUUUGUUAGGUGUGGGCAAAGAAUCUUGGUCGAUGGUCCACAACGAAUUGAUCAAAGAACUUGGCAAAUGGUCGCAUGACUUUAUCAAACUCUUCGGUGGCACAGAGACAUUCGAACAUGUAAGGAUGUCGCUACAUGUUGAUGGGUUCUCCCAAGUAUGUUGUAUAUGCUAA